CAAUCGGCUCUUCAGCUCCCUCCCGGCGGACCCGUGGCAGUCACAGCGGCACACCACACAGCAGACAUGAAGGUCGUCAUCCUCGCAGCUCUGAUCGCGGCGGCCGCCGCCAGCGGCUACGGCACCCAAGGUUCGGCCGGCUACGGCUCGGGCGGCUACAACACGCCGACGGCGUACCAGUUCGACUACUCCGUCAACGACCCGCACUACGGGCCGCAGUUCUCCCGCAGCGAGAGCAACGACGGCCGCACCGCGCGCGGAUCGUACAGCGUGGCGCUGCCCGACGGGCGCGUCCAGCACGUGCGCUACUACGCCGACCAGGAGGGCUACGGCGGCUUCAACGCCGAGGUCACCUACACGGGCGGCUACGGCACGCAGAGCGGGUACGGCGCGCAGGGCGGGCAGUCCUACCACUGAACGAGACAACUCGGGAGGACAGACAACAGACCGAGACCGCCCUGAUGCAAACAAAUGAAUCUCACAGCCAAAGACUGCCACGAUCCAGACAGAAGGAUCUCGCAAGCAUUUAGACUGCAUGUCCCAGAGGGACAUAUCUUGAAUAACCAAGACUAACUGCUGCUGGAGGAAAAAAAUCGACAUAGCCGCGUCUGUAAGUCCUACCCGACGCGACUUGACCUGACCUACGAUAUCUGGCUGAAUGUCCUUAAAACUCCAAGACAGCCGUCCUACCACACAACAAUCCGUCCUUCCCCGCCAAAGCGAGAGAUACCGGUGUACACAUUGUCUAUUUAUGGGAGAGUGAAUACACAGACCCACCGAAGGGA